AUGACCUUGCGCACUCCACGCCGCCGUAUCUCGCCACGUACCAAGCACAGGUACCGCGUCAUAAGGAAUUUCUUUCGACGUGCAUUGGGUACUUCAUCACAACCAUCCAUAAAGAUAAGCUCCAGUAUCGCGAUCAACGUCACCGACUUGAGACAUAGAUUGGGUGGCAUCCAAAAUCAAUUGAAUGAAGCGACCAGACAUUGCCAAGAUAUUAGCUACUUAGAGAAUAUCUCAAAGCCUUCUAGUAACGUGACUGAGCUCAAACAAGUACCUUCAUCUUCAAAACAUCAGAUAGAACAAAGUGUACAGGGACAAUAUAACGAAAGCGAAGCUAAAGUACUCUACAAAACAUCGGAGAAUAACUUUCCGAGUUCAGAUCCAAGUGAUCAGACGCCCAAAAGUCAGGAUCAUGAUGACAAUAACCGUUGCACUGAAGUGUCGCGUGUAGAUAGCAAAACAUCGCGCACGAAGAAAAAAAAGAAUAAAUUAAAGUAUACAGUAGUGCCUGAUGAAUCAGUUUUACGAAGUCAUAAAACGAAAUCUGCCCUCGAAAACGUUGUGGCAACUAAUUCUACUGAUAGCUACGAGUCGACUGCCGGUCACAGGAUGGCCCAACGUGCACACGCGGGAGACUGCAACCGUCAACACCAUAGAGCAAAUAUAGACCACGCUUACAAAGGCAGAUCAGAAUCCUUGCAUGAACGAAAAGAGAAAGGACAUCAUAGACAAAAAAUCAUGAAUAACAACCGUGACUUGGAUAAUGAAUUUAUAGCAGAUAUAAUUAGGAGACAAUACAAACCUGUUAAAUUGUUUGGCAGAAAAGAAUCGGAUUUCAGCCAACUAUCCGCGCCUGUGUGCCGAGACCAAGAAUAUUCAUAUAACAAUUAUUUUGGUGACUGCAGUGAGCUGUGCUCGUGUUGCUACGAUUCAAACAGAUCUAAAUACAAAAGACAUAUCGACUUGUCUGACAUGAGAAGUAUUUGCGACACAAGAUUGUACAGUUCCAAUAAAGCUAAAAUCAAAACUCGCAGGAGAUAUAUGGAAGCUCAAAAUGAUUCCGAACUCUACGACUUGAUACCGGUAAAAGAGAAAUCUAGCCCCAAAUCGAGGAGGAAGUUUGCUGAAGAUAACAUCAGGUAUCAUUAUUAUAAAGAAGUACCUCCGUCGCCUAGAACGCAUAGACCUCAAUUAAAUCUUAAGGCGCAACAUUACGAAGAUUACUUUUAUCAUCACCAAAGAAAAUCUAGAUCACCAAACAGACACGAGAGAAAUGUAAAAGAAAUUUUUGAAAGUGAUCUUUCUUCUGAAACGCCACAGGCUAUAGAGAGUGGCCGUCGUCAAAUGAAAACUACAAAUAUGGCUAAUGCGCCAGAACACUCUAGGAACGAAAGUGGAACAUUAAAUAGCCGACCAAAUACAUACAUAGAGGAUCAAACAUGUCACGAAACACAUUUAAACAAAACACAAGACACCGACAUGUCCACAGACAAAACGGACAGAGCAUUAUGCGAAAUUAAGGAUAUCUUACAGAGUUUUCUGCAAGAAAUCAAAAAAGAAGCUACGGUAUCGCAAUGCGAGAAGUCGGACGUCACAAGUAAAGCAGCCGGCAAUGUGCCUAAUAAUAUACAACUAAAUAGCACUAACGCCAGUAUGCUACCAAACAGCGGGCCAAGCUUCAACUACAGCAAUCAAGCAAACAUCCCUCCGUACAUUCCGGCUUUUACCAAUCCGUGCUGCUACCCAAUACUGCCGGUGUGCCCAAUGAAUUGCAUACAGAAUGGAUACGUCGUGCCGUCGCCAAGUUACACAUGCGCUAACUGCACUAAAGAUGAAAAACCAAAAAUUUCAAAUAGCAAAGUUUGCAGUUCUGAAACGGAAGAGCUUAUUAAAGAAAUAUAUAAGCAUGUACUGGAGACACCUGGUAGUAGAAAAAAGGAGACAUCAAGAGACGAAAACAAAAGAAUUCUGACGUCCAGAAGUGUUGGAGGUAGUAUGCGCACCUCUAAGCGCGACGUCAAAAUCGGGACGCCUAAAUUGAAGUGUUAUUCAAAGAGUUGCGAAGCUAUUACGCCGAGAAUGGCAGGCAACUAUUACGAUGGAACGUACGCGAGUUAUUCAGACACAUUGCUAGAAAGAUUGAGUAUAGAACCGACGCCAAGCGAAACAGUUUCAGAAACUGAUUUUACAAUGGAAUCUAUGUCCACUGAAAAGGGUAAACGUAAUAAAUUCGCGAAAGUACUACGAUCGUUCGGACUCUUCAGAAAGAAAAAAGACGUUAUAGAGGAACUGAGCGAGAGUGAAAGUACUGUGGAAGUGGAUGUCAAACCGAAGUCACCGCCUUUCAGACAAAACAUCACUAACUACGCAAUGUACGAGCAGGAAUACCACCACCGACCUCCGAUUCCUCCGCAUCCUUAUCACGAGUAUCCAGAAUACCGACCGCCUUUUCAACAAAACGUACCACCAACACAAGAUCCAUAUCACCCUCACUCUUAUUCGCAUAUGCCAUACGAUCCCACCUACCCUCCGCAUCCUCAAUACCUAAGACCAGGAAUGCCAAUGCCACGAAGUCGGUCGUUCGAUCAUCACGUACCUAAUGUGCCGCUCUGCCUAAAAGAGAUCGAAGUUAAAAGCACAGCGACGCAGAGCGAAAGGAAAAUGUCAUUCUUCGAGAGAAUGAAGACCAAAAUGCAAAUGGAACAAGCGCGCAGAGACGAAUAUCAAAGGAACUGUUCAACUCAGACCAAACAAAAUUCAACCGAAAAUCAAACAAAACCGGGUUUGUUUAACUGGAAGAAUGUCCAACCGAAGCCUCUCAAUAAAGAUCCGCUUGCGUUUUCCUACUUGAAACAGAAGCAACUAGCUGAAGGAGAUGUAAAGAUGAGAAAUGCACUACUCAAGAAGUUAUUUUACAAAAGAAAUCCAUUUUCUCCAAGGAACUUGAUAGUGAGGACUCUGCUCGGUAAAGACAAGUCGAGUUACGGGGAACCGCCAGCUAUAUACCGGCCAAAGUUGUUCUUGUGA